UGCUAUGUGGUGACUAUCAUUGAAAGUGACAGACAGUGGAGCUCACAUGAUCCAUCUCCUGCGAGAUGCUGCAGUCGAGUGCAAGACGGAGGGGAAGUUAAUUUCACUAUUCUGUAUGAUCCGUCUCUUCCCACAUGCGAGAUAAUGGAGCAUGGAAAACCGUGUGGGAAACUGUCAGCAUCCUGGGUUGAGCUGGGAAAAGAGAAGGAAAGAAAGGCCAGGUAUCGUGCUUACCAGUGCGCCGCCAUCAUUCUGAGUGUGGUAUUCCUGAUAUUGGCCCUCUGUAUCUUCAGUCUGAGAUAUAUAUGGAGCCCAAGCCCUGGGAAGGUAUAUGAUCAUCAGUAUAAAGCCAUACUGGAUGGACUGGAGACUGAGAGCAUGAUGGAAAUCUAUCCAGCACAACGCAUCGAGAUCUGCAGGAUGGGAAAGGGCACUAAUGAGGUCCUAGAGGUGCAUGACUUCAAAAAUGGCAUCACAGGCAUUCGUUUUGCCAAGCACCAGAGAUGCUACAUCAGGGCUCAAACCAAGGAGCUGCCCAAGCUGGACUCAAAGACCAUUGACAUAGAGGUGAGUGAGACUGGUGAAGUUGAUAUGCAGAUGAUGGACUCUCAAAUAUGGAUCCCUGCUGAAGACCCAAUCUCCAACAAAACAUUCCUGUUGAAUUCCAAGAUCUGGGAGAUUUGCCAAGAUCUGCCCAUCCACUGGAUCCACCCAUCUCCUCUCAGAGAUGCUGAAUUCCACGACGUAGAAGAUGUGGAGGAGACCCCAGAGCUGGAGGCGAGAGGUCCACGUCAGACCCGGGAUGUCAUGGACCAGUUACCAGUAAACGACUAUAGAGAAAUCGGGCUGGAGCUGGACAACAGCCUAGAUGAGCAGGGCUACUGCUGCCAGCACUGUCGGCGAGGGUACCGUUACUGUCGGCGAUACUACGAGCCCCUGGGCGGCUUUUGGCCGUAUCCCUACUAUUACCAGGGAGGACGGGUCAUCUGUCAGAUUGUCAUGCCCUGCAACUGGUGGAUAGCAAGAAUGCUGGGACGAAUUUGAAGGUAUACCGGAGGGAACCAAUGGUGCUAUGCUGCUCAGGGGUGCGCGUAGACCAGCUUCAUUUGUACGAAAUGUCACAUAUACGCUCAAAACUUUUGAAAAAAAAAUCGCUUAAAAUAAGGCAAAACAUUAGCUCAUCCUCGGUGACCAUGUCACUGUCAACAUUAUUGUUUUAUAUUAUAUAUGGGUAGUUAAUGGAUAACAAUCAACAUCAAGAUUAUAGGUUAAACUGUAUAUAAAAACAGGGAAAUUGUAUAUUUUAGGUGCUAUUUUUUCCACAAUUUCACCUUUGUGCCUUUGUUAGUUUAAUCUGUGGUACUACAAAUUAAUUUUUAUUAAUACAAAAAUUUUCCAUCUCAGACUAUUUUCAACAGCAUUUUGCAUGCCAUUUUUAUGACCAUAUUAAUUUGAAACCACAUUAGUCUCUCAAUUAAUAUGGUUGUAAAAACUGUUAUUAUACAAUUAAUUGUUUAA